AUGAAGGCAAAGAGAGGAAAACGCUCUGAGGCUUUCUGGCCUUCCAUUGUGAUGAAGAAAUGGUUAAACAUCAAGCCCAAGGUGAAUGAUUUUAGUGAAGAUGAGGUGGACACUGAAACUGAGAGUGAAGAUGAUGCUUGCUCUGUUAGAAUCUCAAGAAUGCGUGAAGAUAAACCCCCCCUUAGAACACAAGGGAUUCCAUCCAUAUUCUCAAGUCAAACAUCAGAUGCAUCUAGUAAGGGCCACAAGACAAGACACAGAAGAGGAAAAUCAGAAACUCUGCGCGCGCAGUACAUAAACACAAAGGAAGUGAGGGUAACAAUUGGCACCUGGAAUGUUGCUGGAAGACAUCCAUAUGAGGAUCUUGAAAUUGAUGACUGGCUUUGUACUGAAAACCCUGCUGAUAUUUACAUUCUUGGUUUUCAGGAAGUAGUUCCACUGAAUGCCGGAAACGUGCUAGGAGCAGAAGAUAAUACACCUAUUCAAAAAUGGGAGGCAAUCAUUAGGAGAUCUCUAAACAGAUCUUCUGAGCCUGACAGUAAACACAAAAGCUACAGUGCCCCUCCUUCUCCGGUUUUACGAACUUCUUCUGCUGCUGAUCUCCUGGCAGACACUAUAGAUGUUGAUAAUCCAAUUCCAAUGGAUAUGAUGAUUGAGAAAUUUGUAGGAAAAGUUGAUAAUAAAGAGGUGGAACAGCAAGAAGUGAAGAGCAUAAUUGAUAUAGAGAAUAACUUACAGUUGAGGAAAAUAUAUGGCAUUGAUAUCGACUGGCCUGAACGUUCAUUAGAUGCAAUCCCCCAAAUUGUUGAUUCUAACUCAAAGUUGCGGAGAGUACUAAGCAGUUCAGCCAGAAUUGGCUUUAACAGGACUGAAAGUACUUUGAUAUAUGGUGUUGGAUUGAAACGUUCACACCACAGUUCUGGAAACUUGGGCCUGUUGUGGGAAGAAGAGCAAGUGAUACCUGAAGUAGUUGAUUCUGUCUCUGAUGUGUUAUCAGCUGCGGAUGAUGAUACUUUUAUUGAAAUGCUGAACACCGAAGAUGAUAAUGAACUAGGUACCAUGAAAUGUUGUGGUAGUCCAAGGUAUGUCCGGAUUGUGAGCAAGCAAAUGGUAGGGAUAUAUGUAUCUGUUUGGGUUCAGAGGAGGUUGAGAAGGCACGUUAAUAAUUUAAAAGUUUCCCCGGUUGGAGUUGGUCUUAUGGGCUACAUGGGAAACAAGGGGUCAGUCUCGAUUAGUAUGUCUCUCUUUCAGUCACGUCUGUGCUUUGUUUGUUCCCAUUUGACUUCUGGUCAGAAGGAAGGAGCUGAACAUAGGCGAAACUCUGAUGUUCAUGAAAUUCUGAGACGCACUUGCUUCUCACCUUCCUUUGAUGCAGAUCAACCACAAACAAUCCCAUCUCACGACCAGAUUUUCUGGUUCGGGGAUUUGAAUUAUCGUAUCAAUAUGUUGGAUGCUGAGGUUAGAAAAUUGGUGGCUCUAAAGAAGUGGGAUGAGUUGAUGAAUUAUGACCAGCUAAGCAAAGAAUUGCGAAUUGGGCAUGUGUUUGAUGGAUGGAAAGAGGGGUUGAUAAACUUCCCACCCACUUACAAGUAUGAAAUUAACUCUCAUAGAUAUGUCGGUCAGAACCCAGAAGAAGGGGAAAAAAGGAGAUCUCCAGCCUGGUGUGAUCGUAUAUUGUGGCUAGGAAAGGGAAUAAAACAAAUCCAAUAUUGGCGUGCAGAAAUUAAGCUUUCAGAUCAUAGACCAGUUAGUUCAGCCUUCUUGGUUGAAGUUGAAGUAUUUGACCAUCGCAAGUUAAAAAGAGCUCUAAAUUUCACUAGUGCAGCAGUACACCCAGAGAUCUUCCUUGAUGAACAUGGAGAAAUAUAA